AUGGCGACUUAUCCCUACCGCCCACUUAACCUUCCGCAUGAGACCCGUGUCCUCAUAGUGCAACCGGGAAACUUCGAAGACGACCUAAUAUGCAGCCUGUCACACCUGAAUCUCGCCUCUCCCGCGGAGCCAUAUGAUGCGCUGAGUUACUGCUGGAGCAAAAGCGUCGACCGAGAUGCGAGCACCGACCCAGACACCGAGAUCCCAUGGUCCGUCUACGGCCGCGACGAAAACGACCAGCUCGUCGACAAGGGAGGGAGAAAGCUGUGGAAAGACCUGGUCGACGAUCCGUACUUUUACGAAAGUUACAUCCGAAUGGGCGGCAAGAUGCCCGACGCCCCCAUCACGUGCAACGGCGUCACCAUGGUCGUCGGCGGAGAGCUGUACCGUGCCCUGAGAAGACUCAGACCGAAAGACGGCCCGCCGUUGAGAAUCUGGGUCGACGCCGUGUGCAUCAAUCAGGAUGACAUCGCCGAACGAAACGAGCACGUCAAGAUCAUGGGACAGGUGUACGCCGGAGCGUCGAAGACGAGAGUUUGGCUCGGCGAGUCGACGCAGUUCGACAUGCAUGCCUUGGAGACGUUGAUGGCGAUAUCUCAGGUAUUGAGUAAGUUCUUGACGGAGGCACGCCAGUUGGAGACCGACCCGAACCCACAACGGCUUCUGCUCCUGGUCCAGGCGCAAUUCUGGACUACCCCGAACAUCGAGCGACUAGAAUGGGGAUUGGUGGCAGAGAUGCUGAACCGCGCUUGGUUCAAACGUACUUGGAUCAUCCAGGAAGUCGCCAACUCGAAGAACAUCGCCGUCCAGAUCGGCGACUUGGAAUUCGAGUGGGAAUUCCUAUCGGGCGUCGUGCGUGCCAUGUCCGAUUACAAGAUCAACUACUUCAUCUCGGAGUGCAAAGCUUUCAAGGCAAUUACCAUGAUGGAGUACCUCCGACAAGAGCGGCUCGACAAAGAGACCGAUACUGCGAUGUCGUUCCUGAGACUGCUCGAGGAGCUGCGGGACUUCAACGCCACGAUCCCCAGCGACAAGAUCUACAGCGUGCUGGGACUCACGAAGAUGAGAGACGAGGUCGUCGUGGACUACGCCCUGUCUCCAGAAGAGGUCUUCACAAACUUCGCGAUUCAGGAACUGGAGUCGGGUUUUUUGGACGUUCUGUCUCAUUGUGUCGAAUCGUCCAAGCCGACGACCCUGAUGACGCUACCGUCUUGGGUGCCGGACUGGACCCGUCCUGGCUGGACCGAGCCUUUCCGGGUCCGGGAGUUGAAGAUGGCGGCGGGUGGAGGCCUCAAGCCAGAGCUGACGGUGGACCGCUCGAAGAAAACACUCCGGAUCAAGGGCCGGAUUCUCGACAAGAUAGCCGUUGUUGAAAUGCAGCGCCGGAUUCCGCCUCCUGGAGAGUCAGGACCGAUGGAUGGUGAGAACGAGAAGGGUGACGACUGGGAAGAAUUCGAAAUGGCUUCGUACGGCGGUGAUGUGUUCGACGUCGUCACAGGAAAAUCUGGGACGAAUACGAAUGGAAACGGCGGUUCUAACUCACAACCUUCCUUCUCCGGUGUUGUAUCCCCAGACGUAGUGCCACCUGAAAGGUCCGAUGAGAAAGGAGAGGAAGGGGAUGAAGGGGGCGAGAAGAAGCAGGAGAAACAGAAGACACCCAAGGACGCCAAAUACAGGUACGAAAAGAUCAUCGGAAAGAUCAGAGAACACAAUAAGGCAUGGCAUCUCAGCCUCAUCGACGUCGCGUUCCCCGACAAGAAAGUCACCCCUCAAACCUGGGAAAACCUCUGGCGAACCAUGAUGUGCAACCGCACUCGCGACAACGAACGACCCAGCGACAAUUGCGCGGUUGGUUUCGAUAUUUAUCUCGAGUUCGUCCUGGGAGACAAGGAUUCGGAGCAAAUUCUGCAAGACCGGUUGAACCACCAGAUCAACAAUCAUGGCCUGUCGCUGAGAGAUGCUGAUGCGUAUUAUCUAAGGGAGAACGAUGGCGUUGAGAAACUUUCCGGAGGCCAGGCAAGAUGGACGUAUAACCGCCGCUUCUUCCGGUCCGAGGCGGGCAGGUUCGGAUGGUGUGUUGAUGGUACGCAGCCAGGUGACGUGGUGGCCCUGUUCCACGGCUGUGACGCUGUCUUUACUCUUCGAGAAGUUGGAAGCGGACAGUGGCGGAUCAUCGGGGACUCCUACAUUCACGGACUGAUGGACGGCGAAGGCUGCGGGGAUGAAUUUGAAGCAGUGGAAUUACAGAUUAUUUGA